CCACACUUCUGCUGGACAACAAUCCUAGGGGUGCUCAACAAACUCACAAACUUUUCGGGGAAGGAGAAGCAGCAUGUUUUGCAUAAUGUGUGCGUGAACUCGCUUGAAACCGUGCUAUCCGAAUGAUAAGCUAUUAUGCAAAAAGAUUGUGCAAUACUGUAAACUUUAUGGAAGCAAGAGAUUAUGUUAGUAAAAUACUAAAACUUUGAAAACGACCCCUCAACGCAGAUAAUUUUUGUAGUGUCAAAGAGCAAAGUGCAAAGUGGCAUUUUUUUUUUUUAAUUACACGAACAAAAACCAGACAACUGCAAAAAGGGUGAAAGUUCUGCCUAAAACCAACGAGAAGCUUUGCUUUACUUCGACUCCGUCUGAGAUGUUGCAACAGAGCUGCUCAGUGGCCCAGACCGGGCUUGAGAUCCUGCGAACUCGCCUUCUUCCCUCUACCGUCAUCAGGAGCGCUUGCACCGGGACGCUGCAGUUGAAAGAGCCGCUGAACUUCUGGUGCGGGGGGAGAGUGAAGCCUUCUACGAAGGAUGCUAGACCGAGUGAACCGGUGUAUGAGCCCGCUACUGGCCGCGUGCUAUGUGAGAUGUUCCCUUGUGGUCCUGCUGAGGUGGAGCAGGCUGUCCAGAGUGCCCAGUCCGCCUUCAAGACAUGGAGCCAGAUGUCUGGGAUGGAGAGGGGGCGUGUGAUGCUGGAGGCAGCCAGGAUCAUCCGGGAGCAGAGAGAGGAGAUUGCUAACAUGGAGGUCAUCAACAACGGCAAGUCCAUCUUCGAGGCCCGGAUUGACAUCGACAUCGCCUGGCAGUGCAUCGAGUACUACGCUGGCAUUGCCGGGACCCUGGCUGGCCAGCACGUGCAGCUACCCGGGGGGUCCUUCGCCUACACCCGUCGGGAGCCUCUGGGGGUGUGUGUGGGGAUCGGCGCCUGGAACUACCCCUUCCAGAUCGCUGCCUGGAAGUCUGCCCCUGCCCUGGCAUGCGGCAAUGCGAUGGUGUUCAAGCCCUCCCCCAUGACUCCGGUGACGGCAGUGAUCCUGGCAGAGAUCUAUGCCCAAGCGGGCGUCCCCGAGGGCCUGUUCAAUGUGGUGCAGGGUAGCGCCGAGACUGGCAGCCUCCUGUGCCUGCACCCUAGCGUGGCAAAGGUGUCCUUCACCGGCAGUGUGCCCACUGGCAUCAAGAUCAUGGAGAUGUCUGCGAAGCAUGUGAAGCCGGUCACUCUGGAGCUGGGUGGGAAGUCUCCUCUGAUCAUCUUCUCAGACUGCAGCCUGGAGAACGCAGUGAAUGGCGCGCUUAUGGCCAACUUCCUCUCCCAAGGCGAGGUAUGCUGUAACGGGACGCGGGUGUUCGUUCAGAGGGAUGUCCUGGAGCCCUUCCUGGAGGAGGUUGUGAAGAAGACCCGCGCCAUCAAGAUCGGAGACCCCCUGCAGGAAGGCACGCGCAUGGGGGCUCUGAUCAGCAAGCCCCACCUGGACAGAGUGCUGGGCUUCGUGCAACAGGCCAAGCAGCAGGGGGCCACGGUGCUGUGCGGAGGGGAGCCGUAUGUGUCUGAAGAUCCCAAACUGAAGAGCGGAUACUUCAUGUCCCCCUGCGUCCUGAGUAACUGCACCGACGAGAUGACGUGUGUAAAAGAGGAGAUCUUCGGCCCCGUGAUGUCGGUCUUGCCCUUCGACACGGAGGAGGAGGUCCUGCAGAGAGCCAACAACACCACUUUCGGACUGGCCUCCGGUGUCUUCACCAGGGAUGUGUCCCGUGCUCACCGCAUGGCUGCUAAGCUCCAGGCAGGGACCUGCUUUGUGAACACCUACAACGCGAGCCCCGUGGAGGUGCCCUUCGGGGGAUACAAGAUGUCAGGUUUCGGGAGAGAGAACGGCACGGUAACCGUAGAGUAUUACUCGCAGCUCAAGACUGUCAUCAUGGAGAUGGGAGACGUGGAGAGUCCCUUCUAGAACCCGGGACCCUCUGCAGUGCACACUGGCAGCAGCUUCUCUAAGCUGUCAGCUGCGAUGCCCUGUGGUCUCUGUCAGACCACAGCUGGGGGGUUGGCAGUGUUAUGUUAUUCAUUUUCACUCUUUACUUUAACAAUAUGAGAUAUUCCAGGGCCAGGUGAAGACAGCUGGGUUUGAAGGAUAAACAAGUGGGUAUGCAGAGGGUAGAUAGAUAGAUAUAGCCUGGUUAUAUCAGCCCCUUCCAUCAGAUUUGUAUUUCUUUGUAAAAUGAAGCUGUGACACCUCCUAAGAUUAUAGCUCUUACGAGGGGUCCUAAACACUAAUGCAGGGUUUUUGUUUGGGAGGUUUCAGCUAAAGUACCCUUUACAAUUUUUGCUUGCUGAAUGGUACCACAGUUGCAAUAAAAGGCAGAAUCUGGUUAACACA